AUUUGUAAACAACCACAACGUGAUUUACUUCAAAGAACUUUCGAAUCGGAAAUAAAACAAAACAAUUUGAAAGUAUGACUGAAAUUUGUAAUGAAGUUAAUCUUAUGAUACCGCCUCUUGUAACUAUCAAGGUUUCAGACAUUACAUUCGUGAAACAAGUCCGCUCUUUAUUCCUUAAACGGAAGACUUCUCAAUUUGAUUAUCUUCAAGAUGAAAUAGCUAAUAGUGCUGCAUUACUAUCCCGUUUAAUGGCGCGCCGUAAGAAUUCCUUUCACAACAUGAAUGGCUUUAAAUUCCUUUGUAAGCUGAACACAGCAUUGAGUCGUCUUCUGAAGCUUGACGUGGAAAAUAGGCUAAGUAAUUUCUAUCAAAUGCUACCAGAUUCAUCAUCGUAUAAUCAUCAUGAGGUACCUUCUAGAAACAGUUUCGAUUACAUUCUACUGCGACUAAUGUCUGUGCAUAAAAUCUAUCAACGUAUUGCCUAUUGCUGCCUUGAAUCAGCUACUUAUUUUAACAAACUCUUAAGGAACAACUUUUUCAUGGAAACUAUCACACUUUUCUUGGCUGUGAUAGCAAAGCUUUGGGACUUAACCAAUAAACUUGGAAAUACUUACUCGGAAUUCUAUGAAAAAUUGAUGCCUUUUCGAAAACAUUUUCCACAAGUAGAUUCCCAGAAUAGUUUUAAAAAUGUCGACUUUCCGAAAGAGCUCGAACGAUUUUCAAUCAAGCCCACAGCCCACAUCGAAAUAGAUAAAGAUCCCGCCCAGGUUAACAGCAUAAGAAUGGAUAAGGAGUUUGUUAAUACAACACCAAUUCCAGUUGUAAGUGUGCUUCAGAAGUUACAAAAGGAAGAAGACUUUGGAAUGCCAAUUAGCAGGGAGUCAUUAAAGCCAGUAAUCGAUCUAAGUCGUAUUCACAAUGUAGACGAUAUAAGAGAGUUUUUCAAAGACGAAGAUGCUAAACGGCAAAAAUGUUUAGACUCAUGUGCCACUAAGUAUGUUCUUAAGCACGAGUGGCUUGCCAUUCAAAAACUAGUGGAAAGAAAAAUAAUUGCAAAUGAUCACAAAAAGGCUCUCAGUGUUUUUAGAAAGUUUAUUACGAGCAAAACUUAAGAAUAUCUUUAUAGAAAACACCUAUAAACUAAGCAAUAUGUUUAAAAAACCGCAAGAGCAUGAACUCUACCUUUGAACUUUGGUCUUUCUUAAAGAAGUCAAUUAACAGAUUGGUUGCACUACAGUUGGAAAAGUUCGGAUGAUCUGCGUUUGUGUUUUGUAGUUAUGUUUCUGUAAAAUAAAAAAAAAAUGUUUAAUAUUGAAA